CUUCACCGUGUGUACAGCUAGCCGCCUGUGAUUAGCCACGUCAUGUAAAGUUAGCAGCGGAGCGGCGGUGAUAUCUGGCAGCCUGGGUCGUAGAGUGAUUUGGGGGAGGACACUGGUUCAUUGACGGAGAGGGGGCUCUUGUUUCGGGGUUAGAGGUUCGGCAGUAACCCGUUGGGAAGAUGUCAGACCUCGGGGACUGGUUCAAAAGCAUCCCGUUCAUCACCAGGUCCUGGUUCGCUGCCUCCAUCGCUGUCCCCCUCAUCGGGAAACUGGGCCUGGUGGACUUCAGACACAUGGUGCUGGUGCCGGAGCUCGUCUUCAGCAGGUUCCAUCUCUGGAGGCCAGUGACAGCCACUCUGUAUUUCCCGGUAACUCCUAACACCGGCUUCCUGUACCUGGUCAACCUAUAUUUUCUCUACAACUACUCCACUCGGCUAGAGACGGGAGGAUUUGAUGGCAGACCCGCAGACUAUGUCUUCAUGCUCCUCUUCAACUGGAUCUGCAUUGUUAUAACCGGGAUGCUGAUGAACAUGCGGCUUCUCAUGAUCCCACUGAUCAUGUCUGUGUUGUACGUCUGGGCUCAGUUCAAUAAAGACACCAUCGUCUCCUUCUGGUUCGGAACACGAUUCAAGGCACAUUAUCUACCGUGGGUCAUCUUGGCUUUUAACUUCAUCAUUGGAGGCUCUUUUGUGAAUGAACUGACUGGGAACCUGGUGGGUCACCUCUACUUCUUCCUCAUGUUCAAAUACCCCAUGGACCUGGGUGGACGCUCCUUCCUCUCCACACCAGAGUUCUUGUAUCGGUUUUUGCCAAACAGAAGGGGAGGGGUGUCGGGCUUUGGAGCCCCUCCCAGCAGGAGACCAGUCGCCCCGGAGCAGGCGGGAGGUGGUGGUGGGGGAAGAGGACGUCACGACUGGGGCCAAGGCUUCCGCCUGGGGGAUGACUGAGAGGGGGCGAGAGGAGAUGGCUACACCCUCCUCCUCUUCAGCUCCCAACAACAAACAGCUGUGCAGCUGAUGAUUGAGGUUAAAAUGUUUGCUUCUUCACAUUCGUCUCUGUUUGAGGGAAUAAACAGAAAUCUUUGAUCUUAAUAAAUAAUAAAUGUUUCGUUAUAUAUGAAACAUAUGAUGAGAUGAAAAUUUGAAGAAGCAUACAUUUUAACCCAAAGAGCAGCUCGUAGCAGGUCGCGGACUCUGGCUGUAGGCUCAGUUCCAAAGCCAAUAAUCCACUGCUGCGGUUGUGUCCAAGUGAAGCAGAUAGAAGAAAACAUGAAUAAAUAGUUUGUUUUUGUAAUUUGA